UCCGAAAUCUCAUCUCACGGGAUCGUCGUUCCGUUGUGCGCCAGGACCAGGAUAAAACCGUUUGCGGAAGCUGGGACUGCAAGUGGCGUAUUAGUCGUCGGAGGCACAUCGCACGUGGACAAGUAUGUCGUCUAAAGCAGGCAACCCCAAGGGCGGUGUCCGAGAUGAAGAUCUCUCAACGGAAUCCGUGGAAGUGCUGCGGGAACGGUUAAACACCAUGAAACGGCUGAUUGCCGAGCGCCAGAACAGCAGCAGCAGCAGCAGCGGAUCGUCGGAGAUGUGGAGCCCGCACACGCGGGCCUCCAGCUGCAGUGGCAUCAUCGAUGGCAACUUUCUCAGCGUUGCCUUCGGCGGAGCAUUGAUUGUUAUCCUUUCCGUGUCCGUUUACGCGUUCUACAAUCUGUACUUCGCUGUGCUAAAGAAGUUCCCCUCACAGCACACGGAAUUGUAAGCCAGUCCAUCGGGCGGUGCCGGAUCGCAUAAUUUUACCUAUACCUAACAUAAUAGACAAAUCUUCCUAAUAAAGUG